AUGCUGCGACUCCGCUUCGCAAGGCAUCUUACACAGGCGCGCUAUCAUGUCCUGCCAUCUUUGACCACGCCGUUCAGUGCCCCACGGAAGGGUCGCUGGUUGCAGACUGCCGCAAUACAACAGCCCGGUCGAUUUGACCGACAGCAUGGAGCACCCCAACCGGCGCCGUCCAACGGGCGUCGCCAGAGGCCAAUCCGUGGCAAGCUGAAGCUGGCGCCAACCGACCUGCUUGUACGCAAACUACGGAGACGAGGCGAGCCCCUGACAUGGGAUGCCUGGGAGAAGACGCGCCUGGUCGCCCGCUCGCGAAGUGCACGACAUCCUGUCGUGACCCACCAGCUUGCUCUCAGACAGGAUGAGGCCAUGAUGGAGACAAGUGUCUCGAACUUCCUCCAGGGCCCAGUGGAAUGGGAGACCCGUUUCAAAAGGCUUGCCUACAAGGGUAUCGACCAGACCGACCUGGACCACUGGCUUUGGAUCCUUGAAGCAGAAGACACAGAUGUCAAAGUCGAGAGAUUCAUAUCGACAGAUCGCCAUAAGCCCAUCUUUGUGCUCAUGGCAAUAUUGCGGACAGACGAAUACAUGCGCAAGGGUUCCUCUUUGGUGAACCUGUACGAUUACAUCGCAAGGAACUACUUUCGUUCGGAUCCCAUGUCACGACAGGACAUUCCAAAUGGAGCACUGCGACGUUCCUUAGAUAAUGCCUUCAACAUGAUGCCCACGCAUUUUAUGCUCCUCAUCAAGAGAGCCGUGUACCACUGCUUGAAGACGUGGCCUUCGUCUAUAGUCACCAUCGCCAGGCUGGUGGUCAGCUAUAUGCGGACCAUCCCUGCCAACACAAAGCCCAACAAGACCAAUCGCCGCACUGGCUAUGCAGAUCAGUGCAGAAUAUUUAAUCAUGCAUUAUGCAGCUUUCGGAGAGUCUCAUCUCUGAGCCCAUUGGGCAAUCUACAACACAACUGGAAAGCGCAGAGGAUCUUGCUGGGCUACUCUGCUGGUCUGCGCAGGCCAUUGAUCAUCAGCAAGUGGAGUUACAGGGCCAUCAGGUUCGUGCUGCUCGGGUUGAAGAAGUCGCGAGCAGAAAGGAGAACAGCAGUCCGCCACGUACACACCUGGCCGCCGUACAGGAAACGGCUGGAUGGAACAGAAGAGAGAGAGGACCCCGAGGAGUGGCUCAGCAGAAGUGUCAAGGCCGGAAUCCUCAAGAAACAAGAGGGAUAUACCGAUGAUAUGUUGGAUCAAGCGCUCGACUCUCUAGGCGGAGCCGUACUCCAGGACUCCAUCAUAGUCCAGACCCGUUCGGGGGCGCCGAGGGUUUGGUCUGGUGAUCGCAGGUCUUUGUCGGUCUUCUCGGCCUGGGCUGCCAAGGUGUAUGCGGAGAUGUUCUCAAAGCUCUUCUCGGCGGAGAUCGAUUACACGUCCUCGAUUCUCCCUGGAGCUGCCAAAGAGGUCUACCCCCCGCACCAUGUGAACCUGACAGAGUUUGAACGCGAGCGGCUGCGUCCAUUGUCUGUGGAUGAGCUGUACGAGAGGAUGCUGCGGGAUGGGAAUAGGCCCGUAAAACAUUGCCUCACAUUACUGGUCCGUAAUGCGUCGACGGUGGAGAAAGCUGCGCAUUAUCUUCGCGACAGCCCUCUGGACCAAGAAGCUGUUGAGAGUCUGACGAAAGCGCUGAAUCCCACCUAUGACAGCGUGAAGCAGAUUCCGGCGCUGGCCCGCCGCAACCUCGUCCUCAGGCCCUGGUGCAGCCAGGAAGAAGACAAUGUUGAGGCCCUGAGGAUGAUGUUGUCGCUUUUCGACGCCUACAAGAUGAGCGAGGGCCUGCACCCCAUCCCGUUUGACUGCCUCGCCCGCUGCACCCGCAAUGCCCUCGGAGAGGACGGUACAGCUGCUGGUCCGGCCAAGAACGCCCAGCAGCUAAUUGCGACCGCCCACCAGACACUCAAGUCCACUUUGAGGGCGUUGACGACGCCAGUCCAGGCGCCCACCCAAAGUAUCGCGGACUCGCUGCCGCCACUGUACCAUGAACUCAGCGCGGCGCACAUACAGACGUACCUGGAGAUGCUGGCGAGGCUGGGAGACGUGGACGAGGCGGUGCAGCUCAUCGAGUGGGUUCUGCUGUCUUGGGACCAGAGUCCUGCCAUCCUGGAGCAGGCGAGGGACCCGAACCACAAGCAGUGGGCGAUGCUGGGACAGGCGUUUGUCUGCUUCCGGGCAUUUGCCGAGGAGCGGGUCUCUGGCGAGAUCAUGGGCAGGAUCGAGGCGAGGUUUGAGGAGCUCAAGGGCAAGGGUUCAACCUGGUUGUGGCCGAGUGACGAGGAUGUUGAAGAGCAAUUUAUCAAGCAUCUCAUAUUAGCAUCUCGCGCCAGGAUGGGCUUCCUGGUGACGAGCGAUCCGUACCCAGGAUUGAGCAGCGGGCUUAUGGACCUCGAUGAAGGACCAAUGCAGAGUCACCAGGAUGAUGAAGCUGCUUUCCUAGAAGCAGUAGCAGAGGAGGAUGACUUUGAUGACACAGACUUCGAGAGCGACUUCGACAACGUGCAGCAGCGUCCUCAAACCUCCUCGAGGGGCCUCGUCAUCGAAAUCCCCAGGUCCACUUUGAUUGCUCCUCGCUCGUCCUUCAGAGAAGCUGCAGACUACGCGUCCGUCAGCAGAGAACGUACAGCGGUACGAAGCCUUCUUGAUUCUGACCCAACCCAGCUGGACGAGGACUUCAUUGAGUUCGAGCUAGAUGAUUUCGUGGUGUACAUCGACACUCAGAGGCAUCCUCAGGAGAUGAGGGCCUUGCACACCCAUGCCACCCUAAGCGGCCAACAAAAGUUCUACCUCAAUGGGACGCUCAAGCUUGGCGAUAUCAAGCAUCGAGUAGAGAGGGUGCCAUUCGACGAAAUCCCAUUAGGGAACUACGGAAAAGAUCAUUCGACAGUGGGCGAUCAGCUUUGGAUUCGUUCUGAGCUCAACCGGGGACGGAAUAUCUACUACCAGCUGAAAACCCCGUCUAUCGAAUACGCAAGGUUUCACAGCGUCUUCCUCUGGGUCGCGGAUCUGGCAAAGCAUGCAGUCGACUUUUCAGAGCAUCUCAUAGACCUGGGCCAAGGCGUUUCCAUUCGCCAUUUUGGACAAGACUUCGCCCGAUGGCUGCAGACAGUCCACGGGCGGUCAACGGCAUUCCAGAAGUGGUACGAGGAACGUGGAACCAGUGACUUUCGGCAUUCAAUCAUUGCAAACCAGCUUUUUAUGAGGAAAGAGCUGUUUAAUAUGUUUGGUGGUCGGAAGUGGUCUGGCAUUUACAUCUUCAAGGAGAUUGCAAAUCCCUUUGACACACAGUGGUCUACGAAUAAGCCGGACAAGAAAUGGUACGGUCUUGUGCAAAAUUUCUCCAUGGACAACGCCAAGACAAGGCUCCGCCGGCAGUUUGAUAUUACAUGGCUAUACGACCCUGAAGACACUCCAUGUUGCUCUAUGAGGUACCCUUGGAAGAACGAGUUGUUCCUCAGCGAUCACUGCACCUGUGAGGAGAGGGAAAGAAAGAUCCCGGAGUAUGCGGUUGUUGGAGUUCACACCGUGGAGUGGUUCGGCACACCCCAAACCAAGGCCGAAUUUUUCGUCAGACAAACAUAUCAGGUCGAACAACGCAGAGAGUCUGCUGAUGGCUCAGUGCACCCCCUGAGCUCCACGAACAAGCCAAAGAUCCGUCAGGGUUUUGACCCAAAGCGCCCGAUAAGAAAGCUUCGCGCCCUGGACCUUUUCAGUGGAUGUGGGAACUUCGGCCGUGGGCUUGAAGAUGGUGGUGCCGUUGAAGCGAAGUGGGUAAACGACAUAUGGCCCGCAGCAAUCCAUACCUACAUGGCCAACUCCACAGACCCAGACUCUGUGCGCCCUUUUCUCGGCUCAAUAGACGAACUCAAUCUGCGCUCCUUCGAGGGGAAGUUCACCGAUUCUGUCCCACAACCUGGCGAGGCCAAGAACAGGUCUCUGGUCGCUGCAUUUGCGGCAGCUGUUGACUUCCAUCGACCAAAAUACGGCAUACUCGAGAAUGUGAAGACCAUUGUGCAAAGCAAAGGCAACCGCACCGAGGACUACUUCUCGCAACUUAUCUGCGCUAUCGUCGGAAUGGGCUAUCAAGCGCAGAUCAUCCUCGGUGACGCGUGGUCCCACGGAGCCCCUCAGGGCCGCGUGCGUGCCUUUCUCUACUUCGCGGCGCCUGGGCUUGAGCUGCCACAGCCGCCUGUCCCCUCGCACUCGCACCCUCGCAAGAAGGAGUACGGAUCCUUGGGGAUGAUGACCAACGGAGAACCCUACGUUACGCGAUCAAACAACUCAACGCCUUUUAAAUAUGUCACGGCCCUAGAAGCAACGGCAGAUCUUCCUGAUAUCUACGACGCCAAGACGGAUACAUGCGUGGCAUUCCCCGACCACCGACUCUCAGUAUCGUUGUCCUCUGGGGAUUUGAACGUUGGGGUCAAGGACGGCCGCGGAAAGAAAGGCCGCACCCAAGGUCUCAACAUGCCCACGCGGCCCUUCGCCAUGAACAUUUCCAGGGCUUGGCACCACUCGAUCAAAGACAACCUCAGCGGAGACACGGUGAAAGACAUGUUCGACCACGAGCGAGACGCCUACCCCCGCGACGGCUCUCACCGAACGUCGAAUUUGAGCAAGGGAUGGGGGCGCGUCCAUCCCCACGGGCUGUUCCACACCGUGACCACGAUAUGCCAGUGGACUGACGCGCGGAUUGGCAGGCUGUCGCAUUGGGACCAGCCACGGCCGCUGACCGUGAUGGAGGCCCGCAGGGCGCAGGGCAUCCCGGAUCACGAGGUUUUGCUCGGCACCCCGAAAGACCAGUGGGAAAUGGUCGGCAACGCGGUGGCGAGGCAGAUCGCUAUGGCCCUGGGGCUGGCGCUGCGGAAGGCGUGGGUCGGUACUCUGUACGAGGAGGAGGGACAGGCUGCUGAGAAUGGCUUUGGACCGGCAGAAAUCCCAGCCGCGAAUGGAGACAUCCAUAUGGUGCUGGAUUCGGAUUGA